UCCAACAACACUGCAGCGGUAUCUACGACAGCGCCCUCUUUUCAGCUUGUCUUUCAAGCCUCAUACGCGUCCGGCAGCAUGGCGGAACAGAACGAGCGAGCCUUCCAGAAGCAGCCCACGGUCUUCCUGAACCGCAAGCCCACCUUGCCGAAAGGGAACCCCAAGCGCGUGCUGCGCUACCACAAGAACGUCGGCCUGGGCUUCAAGACCCCCCGCGACGCUAGCCACGGCACCUACAUCGACAAGAAGUGCCCUUUCACAGGCAAUGUGAGCAUUCGCGGCCGCAUCCUGCGGGGAGUGGUGAUCAAGAUGAAGAUGCAGCGCACCAUAGUGAUCCGGCGGGACUACCUGCACUACGUGCGCAAGUACAACCGUUUCGAGAAGCGGCACCGCAACAUGUCGGUGCACCUGUCGCCUGCCUUCCGAGACGUGGCCAUCGGAGACGUGGUGACCGUGGGGGAGUGCCGGCCCCUCAGCAAGACCGUGCGCUUCAACGUGCUCAAGGUCACCAAGGCGGCAGGCUCCAAGAAGCAGUUCUUGAAAAUGUGACUCAAUAAAAGGGGCUAACUUU